AUGCCCCCGCCGCGCUCCCACACUGACACAUUUGCGGCACAGCAGCUCCUGAAUCAGUAUGCCCCAGCACAGGCAAAUCACACAGGUCCAGGUGUGUGUGCAGAUGAGAACACACAGCCACGGCCCUGUGUGCAGGGCUCCACAUGCCCUCUCCCGCUGGGGGUGGUCCGCUCCCCGAGAGCUGUCAGGGCCAUUUCAGGCUCACGUGCCAGGAGUCUGCCACAGAACCAGGCACACUCACAUCCCCACCCUGAGUCGGGUGCCCCCACAGGUAGGGUCUGGAAGGCCAGUCCCCCGACCAGGGUCUGCAGGAUGGCAGAGGGACUGGGUGCUUCGGGUGGGAGGAGGCAGGAGGGCUCUGGAGGUUGA